AUGACGGUCACUCGGGUAGGAGUCUUCCAGACUCUGCAAGUCAUCGGCACUACGGUUAUUAUCCGAGACGACCUCUACGGAGAGCACACCGUGACCGAACCGGUGCUUGUAGAGCUCUUACAAAGCCCUGAGUUGGCGCGACUACAAGGGGUGUGCCAGCAUGGCGUAACAAGCUUCUUCGGACAUACCCCAAAAGUCACUCGCUUUGAGCAUUCAGUCGGGGCACUCCUGUUGGUCCGCAAAGUUGGUGCGAGCGUCGCCGAGCAAGUGACCGCCCUUCUUCACGAUAUCAGCCAUACGGCAUUCAGCCAUGUUAUGGACUAUGCCCUCUCCAAGCCUGGCGAAGGCAGUUUCCACGAGGUACACAAGCUCCGGUAUUUGAGUACGACCUCUUUGCCGCGCAUCAUUGCAGACCACGGUCUUGAAACACACAAGGUUUUCGAAGAGGAGCUUUUCCCGUUGGUCGAGCAGCCUUCUCCGCGGCUCUGCGCGGAUAGACUCGACUACUCAUUGCGCGAUACUGUCGCAUUCGGCAAAUUAGACAUCCAAGUCGCACGAGAGGUCUUCUCAACACUUCGGGCUGCCCCGUCGGUAUCGUCGCCCGAUCGCGUGCUUGUUCUCGACGACCCACAACUGGCAUUAAAGCUAGCCCGAGCCUACCUGGCAGCGGACGAAUUUGCAUGGUCCAAUUUAGGACAUGUCGAUAUGUACAUCGAAGCGGGCCGGCUGAUCAGAGAGGCGGUGGAAACCGGCUUGAUCCAGGAGCAGUGGCUCUGGACCAUGUCUGACCAAGCACUCUGGGACUACCUCCAUCAACACGGGAGUCCCAAGAUGUCUCGUGAUAUGAAAGCACUGGAAACCCGGCCCCUGCCCAGCGGUGAAGGACUGAAGCUUCCCCCCGCAUACCAAGAUCCGAACACUGGAUCCCGAUAUUUGCCCAGACCUGCAAAAGCCGCCCUUGCCGCUGUCAAAGGUGCUUUCUGGCUGGGCUUCGGAGCUCAAGCAAUAUGUGGCUAG